AAUGAGUCGUUCAUGCAAAUUUCCAUGUACCUCUUCGCGCUCGCGUCGAUCAUUUUCAACGUGUUUAUAUUCUGUUAUAUCGGUGAUAUGCUCACAGAGCGUUGUCAAAUGGUGGGUACUACUUGCUACGCGACCGAAUGGUAUCGAAUGCAUCCGAAGAAAGCGGUUGAAUUGAUUAUACCAAUCGCGAUAUCCCGAUACCCAGCCGUGAUCACUGCCGGGAAAAUGAUGACGAUGACUUUGAGCACUUUCUCUGACAUCUUGAAGACGUCAAUGGCGUAUUUUAAUUUGCUCCGCGAAUUCUCCUCGCGAGACGCUGCGAUGACGUAACUGUGACGUGAUGAGACGACAUUUCGAAAAUUUCUACUGUAUUUACAAUACCUGCGUCGAAAUUAUUUCAAUUAGCUCUGUAGGCGAUUCACGUGUUAGUACAGCACUUGGUGAAGUGAACGGUCUUUCUUUUUUGAAACACGAAGGUAAAAUUUCUGCGAAAUGUAAAUAAGAAAUUUAGAGCAACGGAUUAGGAAUCGAGACAUCCAAAGUUGAUCUUGUAUAUUGAAAAUAACGAUUCUAUUGUUGAGAGUAAAUAUGAAUCUUACCUACACCAAUAAAUCUUGACACAAUGUAGCUUGA